AUGGCUAGGGUAUUCAUUUUAUUGUCUGUGAUCUUGUUCAGUGUCUAUAUGACAGAACAAGCACACUUUUUGGAAAAAGAUUACAUCGACUCAAUCAAUGAAGUUGCAAAAACAUGGAAGGCUGGUGUCAACUUCCACCCAUCCACACCGAAGGAAGACAUCUUAAAACUUUUGGGUUCCAAAGGAGUUCAAAUUCCAACUAAAGCUAACUACAAAAUGUACAAAUCAGAAGACUCUAACUACGAAAACUUGUUCGGUAGAAUUCCAAGGAAAUUUGACGCAAGAAAAAAAUGGAGGAAAUGUCAGACGAUUGGAGCAGUCCGAGACCAAGGAAAUUGCGGAUCCUGUUGGCCCUUAGCUACAAGUUCGGCAUUUGCUGACCGUUUGUGUGUAGCUACAGACGCAGAUUUCAAUCAACUGUUAUCCCCAGAAGAAUUAACUUUCUGCUGUCAUAAAUGUGGUAAUGGAUGUAACGGAGGAUACCCGAUUAAAGCUUGGGAACGUUUUAAGAAACACGGUCUUGUCACCGGAGGAGAUUAUAAAUCAGGAGAGGGUUGUGAACCAUACAGAGUCCCUCCUUGCCCAUAUGACGAUGCAGGAAAUAAUACUUGCGCUGGCAAACCGAGAGAAAAAAAUCACAGAUGCACAAGAAUGUGUUACGGAGAUCAAGAUCUUGAUUUUGACAACGAUCACAGAUACACAAGAGACUCGUAUUACCUUACAUACGGAAGUAUCCAGAAGGACGUUAUGACCUAUGGUCCCAUUGAAGCAUCAUUUGAUGUUUAUGACGAUUUCCCCAAUUACAAGUCUGGAGUCUACAUUCGAUCAGAAAAUGCUUCAUAUUUAGGAGGUCAUGCCGUUAAAUUGAUUGGAUGGGGAGAAGAAUAUGGAGUUCCAUACUGGUUGAUGGUUAACUCAUGGAACGCAGAUUGGGGUGAUAAUGGUCUUUUCAAAAUCCAACGAGGCACAAACGAAUGUGGAAUCGACAAUUCGACUACUGCUGGUGUACCAGUAACUAACUAA